AUGCAGACAGUGACUGUGCUUGCUACUGCUACCCUAGCUGAAGUGGCUGCACCCUAUGGAAUCGAGUCUUCCAAUGAGGUUCUAUGGCCACUGUGGCUCGGUAUUCACCAGCAUUGCAGAAAGGGACUUGCUGCCUUCUUGAAGGUGAUUGGUUUCAUCAUUCCUCUCAUGGACCCAGAAUAUGCUUUGUACUACAUGAAGGAGGUCAUGGUCAUCUUGAUCCAUGAAUUCCAGAUGUCAGAUGAAGAGAUGAAGAAGAUUGUCUUGAAGGUCAUUAAGCAAUGUGCUGCCACCAAUGGUGUAACUGCUCAAUACAUUAAGCAGGACAUUCUUCUAGAUUUCUUCAAAGCUGGGGUCUCUGAGAUCACAGGGAGGAUCAUGAACGAGUUGAAAGACAAAGCAGAGCCAUACUGUAAAAUGGUCAUGGAGACUAUCACGAAAGUCAUUGCCACUCUUGGUGACUCUGAUAUUGACAAACAUUUGGAGGUCUGUCUGGUCGAUGGCAUCACAUGCUCCUUCCAGGAGCAGACUACAGAAGGCCAAGUCAUGCUGGAUGGGUUUGGCACUGUUGUUGAUGCUCUAGCAUUGAACAACAAAAGCACCAAAGUUUGUCAACAGACCACUGAUCCCACCAUGCAACUCGCUAUAAUCAUCAUCAAGCAAUGUGAUGAGGACCAGCUUUUGAGCAAGCUUGGACUUGUCUUGUUUGAACAACUUGGAGAGGAGUACCCUGGCAUGCUUGGUAGUAUCAUUGCCACUGAGGGUGCUAUCUCAAAUGCAGUCGAUAUGACACAAAUGAACCUCCCCUCCCCCCCCUGGUGA